AAGAUAGGUAGAAACUGCUUCUGCAAUAGAAAUCCCCGAGAACACUUGUAGGCGAUGUGAUGGCUACGUUGGCUAGUUAAACUCAUGCGUAGAAACACGUCGACGGGUGUAAUGGUCGUGUCAUGCAGAAAUGCGAACGUCAAAUCAGGCAUUCCUUAAAGUUGUUUUUGACGAACAUGAAAACGUGACAGUUUGCGAUGUUGCGUCUCUGGGUUUACUGGGUUUAGAAACUCUGUGCCUUCAUGCUACGGUUAUGAGGCUCCGCUGGUCCGGGGGCGUGCUGCUGUCGGUGGCGGCUGCCUACUACGUCUAUACUCCGUUACCGAGUGCGGUGAGCGAGCCCUGGAAGCUCAUUCUGCUGGACGCGCUGUUCCGGAGCUUCAUACAUGCGGGUGAUGCGGCGCAAGCUCUAGGGGUGUGUCACAGUGUUCAUAUGUUGAAUUCUGUGGUGUCUCGGUUGGAGGUGAUUGAGCCAUGGUCUAGUCCUACUGUACGUGUCACUGACUCCGCCUUGGGGGGCGUGCCCGCACGAGUGUUCCAGCCAGUUGGAGGAGGAGCCAAGCUCAGGAGAGGAGUGCUUUACUUCCAUGGUGGGGGAUGGGCCCUUGGCAGCGGACGAAUGAGAUCUUAUGACCUGCUGUGUAGGAGGAUGGCUGAAGAGCUGGAUACAGUCGUUGUGUCAGUUGAUUACCGCUUGGCCCCUGAUUCAGUGUUUCCAGACCAGUACCAUGAUGCUCUAGCAGCGUCCAGGGCCUUCCUGUCCCCAGAGGUCUUGCAGCGCUUUGGGGUCAACCCAGCCAGGGUGGGGGUGUCUGGAGACAGCUCUGGGGGGAACCUCGCUGCAGCCGUGGCCCAGCGGAUUUCUGCAGAUGACAGUAUGAGUGUGAAGUUCAGUAUCCAGGCGUUGAUCUACCCAGUCCUCCAGGCUCUAGACCUGAACACCCCGUCCUACCAACAGAACCACAACGUACCCAUCCUGCACCGACACCUCAUGGCCAGGUUCUGGCUGAUUUACCUGGGGGCUGAUCCCUCUCUCCUCCCUCAUCUCCUCUCCUCACCCUCCUCCCUCCUUCAUCCCUCCAUCUCUCCUUCCAUCCGUUCUCAUCUCAACUGGACCUCCCUGCUCGCGGCCAAACACCAAAAGCAUUACCGUCCCGUUGGCAUGGAGACUGGGUCGCGGGAGGUCACGGGGAUAGUGCCGGGGUUGGUGGAUGUGCGAGCGGCGCCGUUGCUUGCAGAACAGGGGAUUCUGGGUAGAACGCCGCGAGCGUACGUGAUGACGUGUGAGUUUGAUGUUCUGAGGGACGAUGGGUUGAUGUACGCCAGGAGACUACAGGACGCGGGCGUCACGGUUACCAGUGUUCACUAUGACGACGGUUUCCACGGCUGCAUGGUCUUCUCCUUUUGGCCGUUUUUGUCCUCCGUUGGCCAGAGGAGUCUGGACAACUACAUCCAGUGGCUAGACGACAACCUCUAGAACAGCCAUACUCAACAGGCGGACCGCGGUCUGGAACCGGACCCAGAAGAGGGUCAAUACGGACAGUGUGUUUAAAAUCUAUUUUUUAAGAAAUCAAUCAGGCUUUAAACUUACUGCUGUUGAGUAGUUAUCAUGGGCAGGGGACUCGACCCCAAGGGGGCCCCCAUGGAUUUUGUUGAAUCACUCAGGUAUCAUAUGAACACACAUAAGAAGACAUGGCAAAAUGUGUAGAAUUGCAAGAAAUUUGCUUUAAAACUGCUACGUUUGUUCUCCGCCAGCAGAAGGGGUGUGAAUUGUUUGAACAGUUUAGAGUUACAUGCGUUGCGAAGGGCGGGUUUGUUACUACGCCGACAGAUGACAAUACCCAUCCGGACCGACCUUUGCCACUUAGGAAAUUUGUGUGACCAGACCAUCUAAAAUAGUAGUCUAGACCACGACAGAACCCUAUGGAACCCAAGUUAUGUUGAGAAUCAAAACUAUAGGAUUACAACCUAGAACCCAAUAGGAGCACCACUAGGACUAAAAUGUCCAGGCAACCAGACAACCACACCUCCCAUGCCUCUUUCCUUUUGACUACCUAGCUGAUCCUGUGGUUGUUCAAUGUAAAGACCGUGAACUGUCAGCUGUCUAUGGAAACUGAUUUAAAGCUUUGAAUGCUAACAGUCUGAUACACUGAAAGACUGACCAACAUACACAUCUGUGUGGAAUCUCUGGGUUGUGCAAUAAUAUGUUGUAUUUAUUUAUUUGACCAUUCCAAGCAUAGAGAAGCAGGCAGAAGAGGGCCAAAAACAGACCUCACCACAUGUUUUAACUACAGCCCCCGAGGAACAGUGUUUUACCAGGGUAUAGGACCACUAAGAGAGAAUCUGACACGGCAUGAGACCAGACAGGCUGAAAAGUAUUUUUAUAGAUAUUAUUUUAGAAAUGAAGUAACUCACUGGGCAAAAAUGGUUGAAUCAGCAUUUUUUCCACUUAAAAAACAUCUGUGAUGGAAAAUUGAUUGGAUUCGCAAAAAGUCAUUAACCUAAGGGAAUUUUGUCAUUUUUUUCACCCAACUUUUGACCUAAAUCCAAUGACAUGGUGAAAUUGUUUGUUGAUUUCACGUUGAAUUUACGUUAUUGACAACUCAACCAAAUGUAAAUCAAAACUACACGUUGAAAUGAUGUCUGUGCCCAGUGUGAAAAUAUGUUAUGUGCAGAGAGAACAUUGACCAUAGAACGUGUGUGUUUUUUUAGUAUAAGGAAUGUUGUCUGUUCUAAAUCCGUCAAAGGAUCAGGUGUUUGUGUUAUGUGAAGAUAUAAAGCCACGUGAACCAGGAAUUCCAGGUAUUCCAAAUGGGCUGUCCUCCUUUCUCACACAAUGUACGUAGCUGUUGGUUUGGCGUAUUAUGUUGUGUUUUCCUUUUGCCUGCUAUUUGUUGACCACUCGGACAUUUCAAUGUACUUUAGGCCUGGCCAAAGUCAUACAUUUAGACAUAUGUCUCUGGGCCUGGCUAUUGACCCUGGGUGUAAUACCACUACUAGACAGAUGGUGACACUGUUGUGCCCUACAGAUUAGAAAACCCCUUCCAAGAAUCACCUGACUGUAAACUGGUAGGGAACAAAGGCCUCCGUUUGAGCUUAAACUGUGAAGUUUUAUAUUAUCACUGGAGAGAAUUUAAACUAAUGAAUAUAUGUACAUAAAAUAUAUAUUUUAUCUGAUGUUGAGUCUAAAUGGAUCUGAAGUUUCAGUGGCUUGGUUCAGCUAACUUCCUGUUCUGAGCACAGUAUUGUAAUAUACACUGCUCAAAAAAAUAAAGGGAACACUAAAAUAA